UGGGCAUAUAGGCAGAGGAUCUUUCCCAUAUGGUUGGGACUUUUCCACUGCUGACGAGCCGUGUGAUGUGUAUGCGCUGCCUCCUGAUGAAUCGCUGGUCCCCCGAUAUGGAGUGAUGAUGCAAUAUCCGAAUCCACUAAGACAUUGUGGCAUCGCCCUUGGUCUCCUUGGUAUCGUGUGGUUGGCAUCCUACGCAGACGGUAAUACACCCGGACACAAGCUGAGCCUGGCUGAAUCCAGAAAUUGGACGUGGGGAUGGAGAAACCAUUCUAAAACCAGGAAACAGGACAGUGUUACAUGUGAAGCCAAUUGACUCUGCAUUUGUUCUUUGCAAACCCUACAGCAGCAACAACAGAAAGGGUUGUCCCAAACCAUGUUGUUGACGGGGAAUGAGGAAGUUUGGAGGACCGUGUUUAACUCUUUUGUAAGGGAAAAACACUGGCUGGACAUCAAAGCGCCUAAAAUAAGGUGUAAUGAUACGUCCUGCACCGGUAAAUUGGUCUACUACAAUGUGACUAAAAGUAAUAUAAUGUGCAAGUUUGUAGUAUUACCAAUGUUAAUGGGCCCAGAAGGUAAUCAACAUUUUUGGGUACCUACAUUUUAUGGACAAGUAAUUGAUAGCAAUAAUAGCACACAUGAUUUAACUUUCUGUGAUGACACUCUUGAAGGUAAAAUCUGUAAGUUACAGUCUGCUGUAUAUGAGCCUUGCUUGUUACAGAACACUGUAAAUAAAUGCGAGUGGACCAUAAUGCCUACGUCAUACCGAUGGAUGGUUGAAGUAGCACCCCAGGUGAUAUGCGUAGUGACAGAUCGUCAGGUGGUCCCUAAAAUGAGGGUGCCUUUUGCAGGAUGCAUACACAACAUCACGGUUAUUCAAUGGGAAAAUGAAACUUUUAUGUUAAAUCCAGAUAAUGAGCUAAGCACCAAGGUGUUAUGGCAAGACACGGCUUUAGAAGUCCCUAAUUGGGAUCUAAAUUUGACUAGACUGAAAGCUUUGCUGGACAAAUCGAUAGAAGUUAAUGCAGCAAUUAAAAAUUUGAACAGGAGUAUCACGGGACACAAGCUCUUUACUACGGUAGUGUAUGAUAAAAUAGUAAAAGUAGGAUCCACCAUAGCGGACGCUACAUCCCAUCAUUGGUGGGACAUAUUCAUGGGGUAUUCCCCAUCGGCCAGGACUACCAUGGAUUGGGUGGUUCACCCCUUGUUGGUAGUCAUCAUAGUAGUAAUUGUACUAUCUAUUUGGAAUUGUUAUGUAGCCUACGGUAUAUGUUGUAAAAAACGAAAAAUGAUAAUGGUCUCCUAUACCAACGGUCAGCAUUAAGGACCGAAUGUGAUGUAAAUCUGAUACGAAUGUGUGCAUGACUGGAGGGCUAUAGGAAAAGGGCCCCCAUAGUUAUAUAAAGGAUAGGUAGAUAAGAAUUCAUUUUACAUCUUAGGUAAUGCUGAUCGUCUCAUAAGAAACCAUUCUACAAGAACAUUAGGUUACUACAGUUCAUAAAGACAUGUUGUGUGAGCUGUAAUCAUCUACUGAUAACGAAAAAUAGCUCAUACCAGCAAUCAUACAAUUGGUUCAUAGGGACACCGCCCGUUGAAAACAGAGUACUGAGCUUGCGUAGAACGUGAUACUCUUAUAUAAUAGUAUGUUGCAAUGCGCGUAAUAGUAAGCGCGCACAAGCAGUACUUAACUAUAACUAGUGCUGUUCAUGAGGAAAUGGCUACAAGCCAUCCAAUCAUAAUGAAGCUCAUGACUGAGCAUCCCCAGGAUGCAACAAGAUGAUGGGUGGAGUUAUGGGCAUAUAGGCAGAGGAUCUUUCCCAUUUGGUUGGGACUUUUCCACUGCUGACGAGCCGUGUGAUGUGUAUGCGCUGCCUCCUGAUGAAUCGCUGGUCCCCCGAUAUGGAGUGAUGAUGCAAUAUCCGGUAAUGUAUUGAUUCUUACUCUAUGAUUUAUCCACGAUUUCAUUAUAUACUUUAGAAAACUGUAUAUUAACAUAAGUAUUCAUAUAAUAAAUCAUUAAUAACAGAGAGAAAUUGUAUGCUGUGUGUUUCCUAGUUGGGAAGCUAGUGAGAGGAAAGGUGAGGCC